AUGUCAAGAAACUCCGAAAAAGCACAGUCAGCCCUUAAUAGAUUACAAGAACAUAAGAAGAAAGAGGCUGGAGUCUUAGAGAGUAAUCCUAAUCUACGACCUAAAUAUGUUCAGUCUGUUGAAUCUUUGCCCCAAGCUGAAAAAUGGCGUUCUACAAUAAUGGCAGAAAUAUCAAGCAAAUUGACUAGAAUUCAAGAUCCCACGCUCAAUGACUACCAGAUACGGGAGCUCAAUGACUCAUUGAAUAAACUUUUCAAGGAAAAGCGAGCUUGGGAAUAUCACAUUAAGGAACUAGGAGGGAGCGAUUAUAUAACGUAUGGAAAUAAUUUGAAUUCCAUUGGAAUUCGAGCUGAUGGGGCUGGAACAAAAGGAUAUAGAUACUUUGGUCGAGCGGCGGAAUUGAGUGAGGCUCAAGAGUAUAUCAAGGGAAGGAAGAAGUUCAAGAAAGAAGAAAAUAGAAGCCAGGACCUGGUUGAAAAGAAGGUUAUAAAUGAACGACUUCUGAAAAUUGAUGCUCUGUAUUAUGGAUUGCUUGACGAAAAGAAGGCGCUUGUGAAAUCAGCACUUAGUGGACACAAGUCUGGAGAUGUGCGUAUCGAUAAAACCUUAGCACACGUUUUAAACCCAAUCUUAGAUUCUUAUAAUGAUGAUGAUUCUGACAGCUCUAUUGAUAGUUUAUUAGAGCAAGAAGAGAAAGCGAAUUGUGCCUUAGCACAAAAGAAUAUAGAGAAAGACUCUCUUAUGAUUGAUGCGAUACCCCCUAUUGAUAUAAUUUCGAAAUGGUUGAUUGAGAAGAGAAAACAAGAUAUCAAACUAAAACUACAAAUUAAAUAA